GAUUUUAGUUAAUUACUUUUGAGUUUUUCCUUAGUAUAAUUAUUUAUUUAUUAUUUUUGGUUUAAAAGUAGUUGAUUAAUAUAUUUAUUGUAGUAUUUUUAUUUUACACCCUUCAUGAAAAAAAAAGAAAAUAAAAAAGGGGGAAAGGAGAACAAAUACCAUAUUGCCACAUGAUAAAUUUCAUCCCUGCCCAAUCCAUGACAUAUUUCAUUUUAGGAAUAAAAAUAUUCUAGUAUUAGGACUUUUUAUAAAAUUUAUCAAAAUUAGACACUCUAUAAAAGAAAAUUAAGACAUAAUUUUCUAAUCUCGACAAAAUCAUCCUAACACACUAACAUCAACAAUCAGCAGCCACUCUCAUUUUUUUUACAAAGGACAUCACAAUCUUUUCUUCCAUAUAGAAAAACCAGAGACUGCACCAAUAGACACAUACACACACUAAUCAGUGGCCUAUACAAAAAGAGGGUUUAGUAAUCUUAUUGAGAUAAAAAAAUUAUUUGAUGUAGAGUUUGGCUAGUUUCAUUAGUUAGUUUGAAUGAAAAGUAUUGCCGUCGAAGGUUCGCACCGCCCGUCUUCUUUAAUUCUAUUAUGCAUAUAAGUGUAUGGUCUUUAUUAAUGGAAUUUGUGAGAAAUAAACUACUCCCUUUUAGUGAUUACUUUCAAUUUUAAUGAACUUAGUUAGGCUAAAUGGUUUACUACAGUUUACUAUUAGAUUAAUUUAAGUUGAGCUUUAGUUUUUUUUAAUUGGUCAGGUUGAUGUGACCUACUUGGUUAUUGUCAAUAUGAAAUGGGCUGUUUUGAUUAAUUGUUUUAGAAGGCUUUUUUUUUUUUUUUUUUUUUUGGUCUAAUGCAGUAAAGUAAUAUGCAUCUUGUUGUGUCUAAAAAUGAUGUAUUUGCUUUGACUUUUAACUUAAAGAAUAGCUUUAAUACUAGUUCAUUCAAUCGUUCACUGCAUGGUGUGGUUUGUUAUUUUGAGUUUGGCACCGUUCUUUCAUUUUUGUCCUUUUAAUCAAUUAAACCUGAAGGCAUUAUUUUGUUUUUCUCAUUGCUUUAAUUUUAGCCGUUACAAGCACGUCUAUAUUCGUCAAUAUUGUAGACAAACGUUGGGCCAUGAUCGAGGCCUAACUAACUUAAUUAUUAAUUGUGAGAUGAGCGAGAUGAGGUGCGAUUUAUUUCAAACCCUGUUGUCAAGUAUUAAAAAAAAAAAAAAAGGAGUGGUAAAACCAAUUGUAAGGGAACGAGAUGGGUUGCGAAUUUAUUCAAAACCCGUUGUCGAAAGAGUGAAAAUUAAUAAUAACCUAACAAUAUUAAGUCUCGGAUUUUAGAGACAAAUAAUUGCUUUUAACGCUAGAUGAGCUUUAGGCACGUUUCAAGAUGUUUGUUUCGAUUAAGAAUGCGGUUACGCAUCUUAUUUCGAGACGCUUUAAACAACUCAAGGAUGCGGUUACGCACCUUGGCCAAACUCAUUUUAAUAACCAAUCUUGUUUCGAUUAAGAAUGCGGUUACGCAUCUUAUUUUGAGACGCUUAAAAGGUCCGGAAUGCGGUUAGGCAUCCAGGUUAAGGCUAAUAAAAGUUCAACAAAUAAAAAUACGAGCAAAUCAAGGCUCGAGAACAUAAUUUAUCCAAAUUUGGUUUAAGCUAAGUAUUAGUCGAUUAAGCGACCAUGCUAGAACUACGAGACUCGAGGAAUGCGUAACAGCUUCUCCCCGGUCUUCUGUUUUCGCUAAACAAUAAUAAAAGAGUCAUUUCCUUUUAAUUAGGGGUUCAUAAGGUGCCUUGGAACACUAAAACUCAAUUCCAAGUGGCGGCUCUGAAUUAAUAAAUAAUCCCUUUUCAAAAUGUCACUUCAAAUGGAAAAACCCUUUGACAAUAAAAACCUAUGCGUUCAGUCGCGUGGGGCCCAAAAAGGGGUGUGACAAUGAGUCGUGUUUUUCCCAAUUGAGAGGACUAUUCCUUGAGAACUCUUAUCAUUGUAUACUUACAAAAAAACAUAUGAGAUGCUUCUAUUUGGAAUUUAUUUUUCAUUAAUUUGUAUCAUUUCUCUUAUAUAUUAAUUUUUCUAAAGAAAUUCAUAUGUAUAUUUUUCUACUAUUAAUAAGUGAAAGUUUGUGGAUACUACGAAGGGUAUUUAUGUAAAUUUAUCAUUUCCUAAUUGGUGUUUGACCCAUUUCACCUUUACACUGCUUUAAGAAUCUUUCAUAUAUUUGUUACUUUCAAUGUUUCGUUUGCAUUUAUUAGAAGAAGUUUCACGACCGCAUGAAGCGCGGUUGAAUUUACUAGUAUUAAUAUAAUAGCGUAAAGAUUUUUGUAUUAUGAAAAGAAAAAAAAGUAGCUUCAAAACAAACUUUAUAUAACGAAAAAUGUUUAAUUCAAACUCAGAUUUUACUUUAUAAAUCAGGAGGGAAUUUAAUGCUAAUCAUUUUUCUAUUCCAAAUUUUAUGAGCAAAAGAAAGUGGCUUAGGGCUCCGAGUACUGAAACGUAGGUUUAGGGUUAAAGAAAAGCCUAUUUAUAUUAAGUUGGUCUUUCAACUAAUACUCCAAUUGAUCAGAAACGAUAAAAUAUGGAUAUGGUCAAAGUUGGUCCAGCGAAAGGACGAGGAGAAUUAGGAACCCUUUGGAAAGAAAAGGGACGAGGAGAAUUAGCCCAGUUUUUUGUUGCAUACAAUGGUAUCAGAGUUUCUUCACUGCAGUUCUUGUUCUACGAGAAUAGCACAUUAGUGUUGUCAGACAAACAUGGUAGUGACAAUUGUAAGAAGUUCAAUGCAAUUGUCUUGGAUUAUCCAUCAGAGUUUCUUACUUCGAUCAGUGGUCAAUUCGGGGAGAAGGACGGAAUUAGUUAUUUGAAAACAAUAUCAUUUUGCACCAACAAGGGAUCCUAUGGACCAUUUGGGAGUACUGCAACUGAUGGCAGCGACUUCUUCAACUUUGAGAUAGGAAAUUAUCGUUCUUUUUGUGGUUUUCGCGGCACCGCACAUGGGUAUGGCAUUGGGAGUAUUGGAGUCUAUGUGAAGCCCAUCACAACCUCCAUGAUUCAUUUUAGAAAUCCUCUAGUAAAGGUUAAAAGGGUAGAAGAUCAAGAGAAGGUGGUUUAACUCAAGAUGCAUCCCUCUUUUACAAAUUUCUGAAUGAUACAGUUCGUAUUAGUUCUCUAUUGCUUAUGGUUGUUUCUACUUUUCAUAUCAAUUUCAGCUGGUGUUACUUGUUAUAUGAGAAUAGUUUUCCUACUCUGAAAAAUGAAUAUGAAGAAGAUGGCUAACGCUCUAUUCUCUA